UUUGCACGUGACGCGGCCCCGUCGCGGCGUCGUCGAAGGUUCAGUUGGCGUCCGUGACUGACUCAGUGACGGUGCAGCCGGCGUCGUGCGAGCGCCUCUGUCUCGAAAAUACAUUUUGUUUACCCAACAUUCGCAUUUACAACUUUGUAACAACAUAUCAUAAAAACGAUUAACUAUUUAUACGAUUCAACAACUUGCAGAUGACGUUAUGCUUUGGUUUACAAGGUUUUAACGAGUUUCGGUUAUCUGUGUUUGUAAUUUGAUUGUUGAUUAAUAAAAGUGAAUCUAUAGAGUGCGCAGUAUUAAAGAGUGGUGGGAACGAAUGAAGAAUUAAAUAUUUAAGUUUAAAUUGUCAUUUUAAGAGCGGUUACAAGUUAAUUGGAAAAAUGAGUGAGGCAAAGGCCAUGAUUGGAAGCUGCACAUGCCCACCCGGAGCUGCCAAGCUGCUGCCGUUAUCCCGGGUGCUGGUGCGGCAGAAGAUGACGGUGUUCAAGGGCAACAAGUACGUGGUCACCGACCCUGACGGGGAGGUGCUGUUCUACGCCAAGGAGACCGGCGGCGUCAUGCUCAUGAGCGCCAAGAGCAGGCCCUUCCACAUCAACAUCCAUGACGCGCAGGAUAACGAGGUGAUGACGCUCCGGCGGCCGUACACGUUCGGGCCAGACAAGAUGAAGGUCUGCAUCGGCGGGCAGCUGGUGAGCGUGGUGCGCCAGGAGUUCACCUUCACGAAGCCCGUGCUGCAGAUCAACGACGCCAACGACCAGCCCGUGCUGCGUGUCAAGGGGCCCGUCGUCACCGGCUUUGAGCCCGACUACGUGAUACAAACCGCCGACAAGCGGCCCAUAGGCGUGAUCAAGCGCGUGUGGCGCGGCUGGCGCACGGCGCUGACGGACGCCGACAGCUUCCAUCUGGAGUUUCCCGUGGACCUGGACGUGCGCUUCAAGGCCGCCAUCAUUGGCACCUGCUUCCUCAUCGAUUACCUGUACUUCGAGAACUGAAUCAGUAACGAAGAGAGAACUUUACUACAUAUUCGAAUAUUAUCUUUAAAAUAUUCAAAUUGUCUACUUAUUGCAUAACAUUACAAAUAGUGGAUAAGUGGUUAAAGAUUAAUAUUACCUACCUAGAAUUAAUCGUGGAAUGUUUUUUAAGUUUUUAUGUUACUUAAGGUUAAGUAUUUGUAUCCAGUAAGGCGAUUAUCACACUGCGCCGCGGUCCGCG